ACAAUAUCUUGAUAAUCGUGAUCUUUACGAUAGAAGGAGAUGGGAAAUCUUGUGAUAGAAGGGAAAUUUUCGAAGCCGAGAGGGAAAUUAGCGGGAGAUUCAAGAAGCAAGCAGCGUGUUUGGAUUGAGAUCGCGGUUGUCAUUUGAGCGCUCAGAGUCAGAACAGUCAGUGAGCAGUGAGCGUAGAGUUCAGUUCAGUAGAGCAGCUCUCUGCUGAGUUGAGCUCGCGAGAGGUGUGCUGUGCUUGUGAACAGAAAGCUCGAGUUUAAAUUUAGAUAUUACAGCUACGCGUGACCACUUACUCUCUUUCUCGCUCCUCCACUCCAAUACACUCUCACACACUUAGGAAAUUUGAAAAAACUCACUUUUCAUCGACAACAAAAAUAAUUGAUAAAAUCUAAUAUUCAAUUUUCGCGAUUUUUGAAAGAAAUGUGCUGUACUGUAUUUUUAUUAUACAAUUUUCGCGGUUUUUUUAAAAGCUAUGCUGUACUGUAAUUUGAAGUGAUGAAACUCGUUGUGACACUUGUUUGUGUAUUUUUUUAGUGAUUGAAGUGCUAGUGAUAUCAUCUACCAUGUGCGUGUCAUCACUUCAGGACUGACAUCAUGUCUAUGAAAAAAGAAACUCCUUCAGACGUACGAUUGCACUGGGCUGCCGUGAACGGAGAUGUGGCUCUCAUCAGAAGACUGCUUGACAGCGGGAAGGUUCAUGUCGACUGUCGAGAUAAGGAAGGAACAACCCCUCUCGUUUUAUCAGCAGCCAAUGGCCACUUUGACUGCGUCUUGGAAUUAUUGGAGCAGGGUGCUGACCCCACUUGUCAGCGUGUGACAGGAACAACAGCGCUGUUCUUCGCUGCUCAAUCUGGUUACACAGAUGUGGCUGACUUACUACUAAAGAAUGGAGCAAAAGUCGAUACUGCAAGUGUGGACGGAGGGACUCCAUUAUUUGUAUCAUGCCAAUAUGGACAUCUGGACACAGUGACUCUACUUUUGGACCAUGGUGCCAAGGUCAAUUCCCUCAUGAAAGAUGGUGCAAGUCCACUGUUUAUAGCUAGCCAGAAUGGCUACUGCAACGUGGCUGAGCUGUUGGUGUCACGUGGCGCCGAAAUCGACCAGCGGAGGCUAGAUGGAGCCACUCCAUUGUGGAUCGCCUCCCAAAUGAAUCAUCCAUCCAUCGUCCGAUUCCUGUUAAAAUUUGGAGCCAAUGUCAAUACUGUCAGAAGGGUAAAUAUUCAGCAUCCAUAUAGCCUACCUAUUGAAGAAGCUAUUAGUAAUAAAGAACGAGAUGUUCAUCCGAUAAGCAUAAUAUUUCUUGUCUCUGGUAAUAGUAAGUCUCUUUCUUAUUCCAUAGAUAACAUAUUGCAUUUGUUCGGAUUUUCAACUGAUUGUUGGUUGUUUCAGAAUGGCGAAUCAGCACUUCACGCAGCCGUCCUGUUUGGCCACGCUCGAAUCGUGAGACUGCUCCUACUGGCCGGAGCACCAGCCAAUCUCCGCAACCAAGAGGGCGCCACGCCUCUAGAUCUAGCCAUACACUCCAAAAAUAAACCAAUACUCGAACUGCUGUGCCAUCAUAUAGAUCUAUGAGACUAGCUACACAUUGUGAUCUUGUAAUCUGAUUAGACAUUCACACACUCCAC